AUGGAUAAUCAUAAUACUGUGGUAUAUGUGAAAGUGAAUGGAAAGAGACCUCCAGGUUUCGUGGACCCGCAGCCUUUUGAAUGGAAUUCGGAGAAAGAGAAACAGCUUUGGGCCAUCAUAUCUAAGUUGGACGACUAUCAGGACCAGAUUGACUGGAAGGAACUUGCCAAGAACCUUGAUGCUCCUGACUAUUUUCUUAAAAAGCGAAGCUACAAGCUGUUUGCUAUGCAUUUGAAGCUGCUGGAACAGCAGAUUGAGCGGAAGAUGAUGGCAGCCAGUGAAAACGAUGGCAGUAGACAGACUAGCGUUAGGCAGUUUGACGCAACGGCAGGUAUGCAUACUUUGACUGAGAGUAGCAUCAGAAACCAAGAAGGACUGAAAGACAAAAUGGCUGAUGAGCCGAGAGACACCACUUUGAAGACUCUACAACAGUUACAUACUUCAAAGAUCCUCAGCAGCUCCAAAAACCCCGUGGCAGAGGGUAGAGACGCUCAGAAGGGUGUUGGCAACAACAACGCCUCGGAUAGUGAAACCUCUUCCAAUCUGAGUGUGAGUAAAUCGGCAUUAGAGGAGGCGCUAAUGGAUCGUCUGCAACUCUAA